GAACUAUGGGAAAGAGAAAACAUGGCGGGCUGUUCAAACUCUGCGGAAUAUUUUAAACUAAAAUUUAUUUGAGUGACUGAACGUAGUUUUAUCCGCAGUUUACGUUUGGUUCGGUGAUGAACGGAGGCCGAAGGAGGUUCCAGCCUCCGGCAGGCGAGGAGUCUCCGGCGGCCACACCUCUGAGAAGAAGCCGCCUUAGCCGGAGCUUCAGGCAGAGCCAGGCGGAUCCUGCCCGGAGCCCAGGAGAACCAGGUCCGGCCCAGACCUACAAACGGAACCAGACUGCUCCGUUGGAGGUCCCAGAGUCUACCGGGAACCAGAAAGAACCAGAGUUUAAGACCCCCACCAGAAUCUCCAGAUCCAAAACGGCCCCUGUUCCCAGCGCAGAGUCUCCCCACAAUGACUCGGACUUCCAGCAGGACAUCAUCUGGGACGCCACUUCUCCAUCGCCCCACAAACCCGGUAAAAGAGGAAAAAAGACAGCUGCUGGAGCAGUUACCAUCUCUGAGAUUGUCAGGAGGAUCGCUCCGAAGCACGGCAGGCCGCAGGUCACAGAGCCCACCUUACAGCAGUGGAUCGGAGACAGCGCCGCCAUUCCCUGCACUCCAGAUGUUCAGGGUCCGAAACCCAAAAAGAAAUCCCCGAGAACCAACGGGGUGGAGGACCUGCUGCGACUCGCCAGGCAGUUUGAUCUAAAUAUGUUCCACCAGGAUGAAGAGGAGGAGGAUGAAGAUGAGGGCAUCCUAGAGAGCAGCAGGCAAGAUGAAAGUUGUUUCCCUGGGAACCUUCAGCCGGCCACGAACAUGGCGGCUGGAUCAGAACCCCAGCCUCCACCGGAUCGGCUGCUGGUAGACGACUUGGACUUCCUGUUUGACGGUCCGACCCAGAGGCUGAGCGGAGACCUGAGUCAGGCUCCGUCUCAGACCCGAUCUGCUUCGGCUUCCGUGGAGGUCAACAGGAAACCAUCCGUGUCUGGUUCUGGUUCUGCUCCUGGCAAAAACAAACAGGACUCUGUCCCGAUCGAGUUUGAGGACGACUGGGAUAACGACGACUUGCUAAAUGACUCACUGGUUCUGGAGAUGACCCAGAAUCCUUUGAGCUUCAUGGUUCCGGAGCUCUGUUCUACCCAGAAACCGGCAGGUUCUGCCAGAGCUCCAGAAAGAGUCGCCCCGGGUCAGAGUUCAUUGGGCCGGGUCACUCCCAGGCUGGUCUCCCUGGAUAAGAGCUCAGCGGGUCGGGUCGGCCCACCAGCUGGAUCCCGAGUUGAGAAGGAAAAUCUGAGACCAGCCGCGUCUUUUAAACCUAACCGGACCUUCGGUUCUCCAAGGAAGAGCAUAGAAACGAACACGUCAUCAGCCCAGCAGGUGGGUUCUGGUUCUAAAAACCAGAACUGGUUCCGGUCUCUCUCUGGACCUCAGCUCACGGGUCCAACAAGCAGCUUUAAACAAGAACCACAAAGAACCCAGAACAAUCUGAGGACCCCUGCAGGAACCGCAGAAACUCUGGGGUCCAACCAGGUGGACUUCCUGGACGACGACCUGGACUCUCUGUUCUCAUCCGAGCCGGUCUGGGACGACCCGGCUGACGACGACCUGCUGUGUGAAAUGUGUGACGACCUGGAGAACCAGAUCCUGAUCCAGGUCCAGCUUAAAACCGAGCCCAGCACCAGACAGGCUCCAGUACCGGCGCUGCAGCCGACCCACAGAACCUGGGAGAACCGGGACCGUUUGGACACGGCUGGCAGAGCAGCUGGCGGCUCCUUGGCUGCUGGAGUGAAGCAGCCAAUCAGAUUCUCCCAACCUAAACCUGCUGCCGACACUGCGUUCAGGAGCGUCCGAUCAGAACCACCUGGGGCGGGGCCACCCCCCAACACCCAGCACUACACCUUCAAGAAGCCCAGCAACCUGGUUUCCAUAGCAACAGUAAAAGGCAAAUGCUCUGCAGCUGAAAUCGAGAUGAAGAAGCAGCAGGCGCUGGAGAGGAGACGACAGAGGCUGCAGGCUGUAGGGAACCGACCCGGAAACAGCUGAGCGGUGAAACGGGCGCCGAUCCGAAUGGACUUCAGUUACGGGGAACAGAGACGGAACCGGCCGCCGCAUUUCUGCCUUGGCUCGGUUCGAAAAUCAACAUAAGGAUGCGUUUAGGUACCGCAGAAACCGCUGCUAUGGUCCUACGGUAGCCCAGAGAGGACAAACUAAACUAUGGAAUAUCUGUGUCAUUGUUAAUCUGUUGUGACUUUGGGGUAAAAAGUGCUCAUGGAUCUGAAUGAAAAACUUUGCAUUUUAAAAGUUUUUUUUUGUUUAGGAAACCUUAACAAACACCCUGAGUCGGGAUAUAUGCUUAAUUUACAGAAUCAGUGUGACGAUAUCUGAAUGGUUCCUGGCAUCACUGUUGGAGGAAACGUUUUUUUUUAGGUCUCUGCAGUGUAUAACUAGCAUUGGAGAUGUAUGGGAAGAAAUUCGAUCCAAUAUAAUUGGAACAAAAACACAUUUUGCAUAAAAUCAAUUUGCGGAACAUUUGUUUCAAAGAUGGGAUUUGUACUUCAAGUUUAUGAUACGUUUGCAGAAGUAAAACCCAUAUUUUUAGUUUGCUUUUUCUUCAGAUUUUUACUUUAUUCAUUUUAUUUUCCAAAUAUUUCUUCAAAUUUUAUGUUUUUUUCAAAGUUCUUUUUAGAUUUUUUUAGGGGAGGGAUGAGUUUUACAAAUUGGAUUCUUUUUAAAUCCCGAUUUGCAGAUGGAUGGAUCUGAAUUUUUGUCUUUACACUGAACCAUGGAAGUUAGAAAUAGCUCUUCUAUUGGUCACUGACCGCCCAAAAGUGCAGUGGGUGGGAUGUUUAAAUCAGGAUUUAGUAGAGCGCAAUUUGCAAAACUUAGACUCCCCUUAAAAAAAAAUCUUAAAAUGAAAAAGAAAAAAAAAUCUGAGAAAUUAUACUUUGGGGUAAAAAAAACUCUGGAAUAGUUUUU